AUGAUCAAAUUUUUUUCGCAGUACUCUCCUAUAGAUACUGUCGACGACGACGAUAAACUAGCAAAACGGUUCGGUACAGAAUCUUGUCCCAAGUCACGUAUUCGUCGCUUGUGGUUGUCCCAUGGCGUACUUAUUUGCACAUCGAUUCUCUCUUUUGCGCUAUGGAUGCGUACACCUUCGACUCAGCUGCGCAACGACAUUCCCAGUAUAUACUCUCCAGCAAGUGUUGCUGUUGAGCCCGUCACUCUAAGGAUAAACGGAACCCUCGACUUUCCUUCUAUCUAUCGUGGCCCCCCCUCCCCAGAAAUGGACGCCACUUGGGAUAGGAUAUCUCGUAAUGUGGGACCAACUCGAAUGACCCGUGAGGAGAUGCUCAAAGCAGGCACAACUUUGACAGAAUUGCGCUCGAAAGUCAGAUAUCCGGACGAAGUUGGUGGGGGGUACAUGGCCUCUAUGGAAGCUAUCCACCAAUUGCAUUGUGUGAACUUGCUCCGCAAAGCCUCCUGGUUUGAGCAUUACUCGGCGUCUACAGAUCGUUCAUUCCAAUUCCCUCCGGACGUAAUCCAUGUGCAUAUUGGUGAAUAUUAUUUCUGCCUCAAGGCAAUAUUGCUUACAGUAUAUCGUUACGGUCCAGGUCACUGCAUCGAAAUGUUAAGGCAGAAUAUUAUGUGCAAAGCCGACACGACGAUGAUUACAUGGUACUGGGUGCAGGGACAUGAUGCCCCUCAAGCUAACUUCAACACCCGUCAUCGAUGCAGGAACUUCGAGAAAAUUCUAGAUUGGUCUUUCGAACACGCCGUUCACAUCGAUGAAUCCAAGAUGGUUCGCUUCGAGGAUACGAUUGACCUCCCCAAACCACCUCGUGACGCAUGAAGAAUAUCACACUGCUCGCCUGCUUGCUCACCCCACUUGUUCAGGAAUACCAUGAAAGGAGGGCGAUUAUUGGUACCUUGGAAGAAAUGUCUCAUUGAGAGUUUAUGAAACGAGCUGGAUAUAGAUUUAUAUGAUACAGAACGUCAGAAAAGCUUGUAUAUCUAGGCCAAAGGACAAGGAUGAUGCAGCAGAGAUGCUUCCUAGUAGACACUUGCUAAGUUGCUUCCGGAUCAUCCUGUUUCCCAAAGCCACUAAACCCAAUGGUUGUCGCUGAUCAAUAAUUGGUGUGCGCCAUUGCCUGCUACCC